UCCACCAUAGUAAACUUGAAUCGUACGUGGACGACUCCAAGAUAUUACUAUCUUUCACUGUGGCUAACGUGGACUGUUUAAAGCAACAACUUGAGGAAGAUUUGUAUUUGAUUGCAAACAGUUGUUCCGAAAAUGAAUUGCUUAUUAACACGGGAAAGACCAAAUACAUGCUGAUUGGCACACGGCAAAACCUACAACAACUUCCCGUAGAUAUGACCAUAAACUUCCUCAACGAGACUAUUACCCCCGUCUCCUUUGCCAAAGAUCUAGGAAUGACAAUCGACUCUUAUUUGACAUAUGACCAGCAUAUCACCAACCUGGUUUCUUCAUGUAUGAAUUCCUUGUGCCAAAUAAACCGAGUCAAAAAAUGUUUCGAUAAAGAAGCUUUAACUCUCAUCGUCUCGGCACUUGUAAUGAACAAAAUGUUCUAUUGUUCAACGGUUUGGUCAAACACUUCGUCUAACAACAUUAAGAAACUACAGUUG